AGAAAGCGGCGCAGUCUUCGAUUGGCUUCUGACUAUUUAGUGAUUUGCAAAUGAACAGUUUCGUUAAUCCUCGAAAAUAUUAAAUUAAAUUUGAAUAUUUUAGAUUUAUUUUGAAGUAGUUUGUGUUUAUUUCGGAAAAAUGAAGUAUUUUUUUGUACUUCUCUGCUUUCAGCUGUGUCUGAUUCAAGUUCUAUCAGUUACCUUACGAACAGAUGGUGUGAAUGGCAGAGACCCGACAAAUCCUCUUUUAAGACCCGCAGAACGAGCUUGCAAUGUGUAUUCAAACAUGCCUGAAUCUCGAAUUUUGGGUGGGCAGGCUGCUGCACAUGGUGAAUUCCCCUGGAUGGCGGCCCUGGGAUACAUAGCUGAUCUUAAAAUCACUUUUAAAUGCGGUGGCACGAUAAUUUCGAAGGACUUUGUACUAACGGCGGCACAUGCCAUAACAUUAAAUCAUCUUCCCGUCCUAGUUCGACUGGGAAAAUUAACACUGACCGACAACGGAAAUGAUGAUAUAAGUGCUGUUGAUCAUCAAGUGAAGCGCAUCUAUAAGCAUCCAAACCGUUCAGCUUUAACACAUAAGAAUGAUAUCGCAUUGAUAAGCUUAACAAAAUCAAUUCAAUUCACAGCCAACAUUGCUCCGGCAUGUUUGCACACAAGUAUGGGUGAUUUGGGUGAUCUUAUUGUUACCGGGUGGGGUCUUACUGACCCUGUACGAAUGUCUUCGAUGUCGAAUGAAUUGUUGAAGGCCCAGGUGAAAACAAUACCACUGUCUGAAUGCAAUUCUACAUUUGUGGAAUGGAAUCGAAAAGUUUCAAAUUUUUCAGCUUUUCAAAAUGGCCUUGAUGAAGGCCAGUAUUGCGCACAUGACCCAGAAGGAAAGAAGGAUAGUUGUUUUGGAGAUGGUGGAGGUCCGCUACAAUUCUUUCCUAAUAACUCGAAAACAGCAACUGUCGUUGGUAUUGUUUCAUUUGGUCAUGGCUGUGGCACAUCUUUUCCAACUAUUUACACCAGAGUUGCUCAAUAUUUGGAUUGGAUCGAACCGAUCGUUUGGCCAUCUGAUCAAUAAUUUUUUUGCGCUUCGCAAUAAAUUACCAAAUUAUUGUGAAAGCAAAAAAAGAAAAUCUUUCCUCGUAAAUACACUCAAUGUUUUACCAAGUUUUGAACAGUUAAAAAAUAAAGCC